AUUAGCUUUUGUUGCUCAGUGUAAUAAACAAGAAAUAAGCAUCACGUCAAUGUGGGUUGGGUUUCUUUUCUUUCUUGUGGGUUGGUUCCUUGUCUUUAUAUUUGGCAUUUAGCUAGGCUUCUCAUUCUACGUGGAUGUGAGUGGAACCGCCCCGUGACCUCUUCCCUUCUGUCUCUUUUCACCUAAUUCCCUUACCAAAGUACCAAACACUCGACAAACCUCUAACAACAUCCACACACAUUUAUAUAUACACAUACAUAGUAUUGAGAAAUCACAUAGCCAUAUAUUGUUUUGGUCCUACUUUGUAUCUUUGGCAAACACAAAAAAAAACAAAAACAGAAAAAAAAAACUCCUUAUUCUUUUGUAUUUGAUUCUAAUUGUCGUAUAGAUGCCCAAAUUCAAUUCAACCCAAGCUCCCAAUUUAUUUCUUCUCCUUCUCCUCCUUCUCGUUAUCCUUCUUUGUUCAAAGCAAACAAAAUGCCACACCAAAGGUCUACGAUUACGACCAAGAAACCAGAAGAAUGUGAACACGACGAGCGAUCGGACACAAAACCCGGAAGAUGAGUUCAUGAAAUGGGUAAGAUUCGUUGGAAGCCUUAAACACUCAGUGUUCAAGGCAGCCAAGAACAAACUCUUCCCUUCUUAUACACUAACUGUCCACAAGAAAUCCAAUAAAGGUGACUUCACUAAAAUCCAAGACGCCAUUGAUUCUCUCCCUCUCAUCAACUUUGUCCGUGUCGUCAUCAAAGUCCAUGCCGGAGUUUACAAGGAGAAGGUGAACAUACUCCCAAUGAAGGCAUUCAUAACAAUAGAAGGAGAAGGAGCAGAGAAGACAACAGUGGAAUGGGGAGACACAGCACAAACCCCUGACUCAAAAGGCAACCCCAUGGGCACUUACAACUCGGCCUCCUUCGCCGUCAACUCUCCUUUCUUUGUCGCUAAGAACAUCACUUUCAAGAAUACGACCCCAGUCCCCUUACCGGGCGCAGUUGGCAAACAGGCGGUGGCACUGAGAAUUUCGGCAGACAAUGCCGCAUUUUUCGGGUGUAGAAUGCUUGGUGCUCAAGACACUCUCUAUGACCAUUUGGGAAGACAUUAUUACAAAGAUUGUUACAUUGAGGGAUCAGUUGACUUCAUCUUUGGCAAUGCCCUUUCUCUGUAUGAGGGGUGUCACGUGCACGCGAUAGCGGAUAAGCUAGGAGCAGUGACGGCACAGGGGAGGAGCAGUGUGCUAGAGGACACCGGAUUCUCUUUCGUAAAGUGUAAGGUGACAGGGACAGGGGUUUUAUAUCUUGGGAGGGCAUGGGGUCCCUUCUCAAGAGUCGUCUUUGCUUACACUUAUAUGGACAACAUCAUCCUCCCUAGAGGCUGGUACAAUUGGGGCGACCCUUCACGCGAGAUGACGGUGUUCUAUGGGCAGUACAAGUGCACGGGAGCAGGAGCAAACUAUGGAGGGAGGGUGGCUUGGGCAAGAGAGCUCACCGACGAAGAAGCUAAGCCUUUUCUUUCUCUUACCUUUAUCGACGGCUCUGAAUGGAUCAAACUCUAACCAUUACACCUUUUUUUGUCGUUUUAAUUUUCCACCUAAUUAAAAAUGUUCAUUUUCCCCUUAAUAAAAUAAAAACAAUUUUUUUAAACAUUUCAUAUACAUGCGCACCUCAUUCCAGUGACUCGACGUCCAUUCAACAGCCAAACAUUGCCGACCAAGUCCCAUCUUGGGAUACACCACUUAUAUAUGUUUUCUUUCCGAAGAUAAGCAUGUAAUUAAGAAUUCCUGUGUAGUGAUCCAAUAUUAUGUAUUUUGAAACGGAUUUGUAUAUUUGAUCGAUGAUACAAGUCUUGUUCGGACAACCUAACAUGGAUUUUAUGAUUAAUAUUCUAGAUUCAAAUUCA